UCUAUAUACCUAAAAAAAGCUCGUUAAUCUUUUGCGGCUUGCUUUGUAAACGCGCUGACAGCUGCGGCGAAGCUAGCAGUCGCACGGUCGUGCGACGACGAGUUUAAUGUUUACUCGCUAGCUGUUGCGUUCAUAGUUCAGGCCUCCAUUGUUGUCUGCGAGAGACGCGCAAACAUACACUUGGAUAGUGAACGCACCAGCAGUAAAAGAGGGAUGCCCCGCAUCAAACUGAACGGACCACCAAUCCUCUCGGUCAAUGUUGGAAAACACUUAAGACAUCUUUACGUCCAAUUGUCCUUGAAAUGUGGAGGUGAACCCAUGGAACAGCCGUCAUCUUCAGACAGAGGAGCCCCAGAGGAGCGGCGGGAUGGUGUCGACUUGAGAGGGGCGGAGGGCAGAGAGGCGGGUCCUCAUCCUGGAGCCUCGAGGAGGAGCAGCUCGUCCCGUUCCUCCCGCAAGAGCUUCCGGCUGGACUACCGCAUGGAGGAGGAGGUGACAAGGUCGUGCCGCGACAAACAUGGCCGCUUUACUAACCCGUGGCCCACGUGGCGGUUCCCCUCCUACUCCACGCUGCUCCGCUUCUUUUUGCUGGACAAGAACCACAGCAACGUCCCAACGAGUAAAGAGGCCCUCGACAACGAGUUGCCGGUUGUGGAGCCGUACUUUGUCCAGAAGCCGGACCUGUCCCCCUCUGGUCCAGGUCUCAGGGUCACCUGGCUUGGCCACGCCUCAGUUCUGGUGGAAAUUGAUGGGUUGAACAUUCUGACGGAUCCCAUUUUCAGCCAGAGGGCGUCACCGCUCCAGUUCGUGGGCCCCAAACGCUACAGAGGGCCCCCUUGUAGCGUGCAACAGUUGCCUCGGAUUGACGCUGUGGUCAUCAGUCAUUCCCACUAUGAUCACCUCGAUGCCGGGACGGUGGCCAGCCUCAACGUGCGUUUUGGAGCGGAGUUACGCUGGUUUGUGCCCCUGGGCUUGAUGGACUGGCUGGCCAAGGCGGGCUGCGAGAACGUGAUAGAGCUGGACUGGUGGGAGGAGAACUGCGUCCCGGCUCACGACGAAGUCACCUUCGUGUGCACGCCGUCCCAGCACUGGAGCAAACGCGGCGCGGCCGACGACAACAAGUCGUUAUGGGCCAGCUGGACCGUUUUAGGUCCGGACCACCGCUUCUUCUUCGCCGGUGACACCGGCUACUGCUCGGUCUUCAGGGAGAUCGGGCGACGUUUCGGGCCCUUUGACCUGGCGGCGAUCCCCAUCGGGGCGUAUCUGCCGAGGGACGUGAUGAAAGGGCAGCACGUGGACCCGGAGGAGGCGGUUCAGAUCCACAUGGACCUUGAGGCCAAACACUCGUUGGCUAUCCACUGGGGAACCUUUGCUCUGGCCUAUGAGCACUAUCUGGAGCCGCCGCGCCGUCUCCAGGAAGCGCUGGAACAAAAAGGCCUGAAAAUGGAAUCCUUCUUCACCUUGCGGCACGGGGAGUCUCGUCUCCUGACGUCCCUCGCUGAUCCCUAACUUGGCAUUUAGUGGCAGCAACAAUAGCAAAAACAUCUUGCUGUAUGUAAAAAAAUAAUAUAUAUAUACUGUUGUUGUGGACAUGACAUGACUUGUCAAGUUGAAAGCUAAAAGCAGAAGCUGAGCUGGCUUCAGUUUCAGGCGAAUGUUUUCAUCGCUCCCGCUUUUUGCAAAUUCUUUCGGAAUUGCGCAAUGGCGCGCUUACGUGAUUGUAUUUAGGUUUGAAUGUCAUUUUUCAUGCUCUGGGGUCAACAAUUUCGAGGUGGAUGUCAAAUUAAACGACUUGAAUUGGU